AACUGCUAUUCACUAUUAUUGUACAUUUGCAAAAAUAACAUGUUUUGAACUAUCCUAAAUCGCAACAUAGAACCAGUUUUUGCGAGGAAAUUGUCUCAUUUGAUUUCAGAAGAGGGUGAAGUAUAAGGCAAGUUCCACAAAAACCAGAAUACACAAGUACAUAUAGUACGACGCACAAAUACCUACGUAAAUACGUAAAUACCAAUAAUUAUACCGACCGUACGCAAUUAUAUUGCAAAGCGCCAGUAAUAUUUGAAAUGGAUACCAAUGAAGAACAACGUCUCCUGCUUUUGAAGGAAAGUAUUCAAAAUGAAGCAAUCUACUUUGAACACUUCAAGCCCCUGCUCACUGAUAAAUUUCUGCUGCAUUUUAUCCGAGGACGAAAACAACGAGUGGACGUUGCAUUUGAAACGCUCAAAAAGUAUGUGCACAUCCGAGGAGACAAAUACGCUGAUCUAUUCCAGGACCUUCUCCCGUCCGCGGUGAAGAUAAAGCAUGACGCAGUACGAAUGUUGCGAUAUCCUGGUCCAAACGGACAAGCGAUACUGGUCACCCGGGUAUCGUGGUGGCCUUCGGUGUAUUUACCUCAAUAUGAUGACCUCGGAUGGGACGAAAUCAUUCCUAAGCUCAUUCACGCAGUGGAUGGGGUUCUUGGUUGGAAGGACGCGGAGACAAUGGGAUUUGAAUUGAUCAUAGAUUUGGAUGGAUUCAAUCUCAAGUAUUUACGAAGGCUGCUCGGAAUACAGCCAUUGAUCAAAUUGAUUAAUAUUUUCUUUAAAGCGGUACCUCUUCGGUUUGGAAAAGUGCAUAUGCUAAAUGUGCCUAUAUGUUUCAAUAUCUGGCUGGCUAUGGCGAAACAGGUAGAUUUCGCUGGAAUAUUGCGACGGUUCUUUAUGCAUGAUGGCAAAAUGGGAUCACUCCACUCGCACCUACCUCAAAAUAUACUGCCUACGUUGUUUAAUGGACAUCUUUCACUGGAAGAUGCACUUGAUGACGAAUUUGCUCAACAUGUCCUCAACAAUGAGGAUUUUUAUUACACAUUACAACAAUGUAUUAAGCAAAAAAUGUGAAAUUGGAUUGCGGACAAUCCAAUAUAAAAUUAUAUAGAUAUGUAUUUAUGAUAUUCUAAAUAGAAAAAAAUA